AUGGUCGAUCGUCUCAAGCAAUUGACCUUCCAGGUCAGCGCAACAGCGCCUCCUCCUCACCCCCUCGACCCUCUCAGCACACUCGAAAUCGAUACCACAGUGGCCUUGAUCCGCGAGAAAUAUUCCCCCGUCAACUUCAAUGCUGUAUCACUGUACGAGCCCCGCAAGGCAGAAAUGCUGGCAUGGCUACAAAACCCAGAGAAGGCUCCUCGACCAGCUCGAUGCGCAGAAGUUGUCUGCAUUGCACCUCAGGGUAAGGUGUAUGAUGGCAUUGUUGAUCUCAAUAAGAAGGAAGUUCUGGACUGGAAACAUACUCCUGGUGUUCAGCCGAUUAUUACCAUGGAGGAGCUCCAGGAGGUUGAGUACAUUGUUCGCAAAGACCCGAAAGUGAUUGAACAAUGCGGUAUUUUGGGAAUUCCACCAAACGAAAUGGAAAAGGUCUACUGUGAUCCUUGGACAAUUGGCUAUGAUGAACGCUUCGGAAGCAAUGUCCGUCUCCAACAGGCUUUGAUGUACUACCGACCUCACGUCGAUGACUCUCAAUACGGUUACCCCCUUGAUUUCUGUCCCAUCUACAAUGCCGAGACCAAGAGCAUCAUCCACAUUGAUAUCCCCAAAAUUCGUCGACCACUCAGCAAGGCCGCUCCAAACAACUAUCAUGUUAAGUCUGUGGAAGAGUCUGGCGGAUAUCGCACGGAUAUCAAGCCAAUCAAUAUCACUCAGCCAGAGGGUGUUUCGUUCAAUGUGAACGGACGAGUGAUUGACUGGCAAAAAUGGAAUAUUCACGUGGGGUUCAACUAUCGCGAAGGUAUUGUCUUGAACAAUAUCACCUUCAAUGACAAGGGUACCAUUCGUCCUAUUAUGUACCGUCUUUCUUUGGCGGAGAUGGUGGUUCCAUACGGUAACCCUGAACACCCUCAUCAGCGCAAGCACGCUUUCGAUUUGGGCGAGUACGGCGGUGGCUACAUGACCAACAGUUUGUCCUUGGGCUGCGAUUGCAAGGGUGCCAUCCACUACAUGGACGCCGCAUUUGUGAACAGAGCAGGUGCAAGCACCGUCAUCAAGAACGCCAUUUGCAUCCACGAGGAAGAUGCCGGUAUCCUGUUCAAGCAUACCGAUUUCCGUGACGAUUCCACCAUCGUCACUCGCGGCCGCAAGCUUAUCAUCUCGCACAUCUUCACUGCCGCCAACUACGAGUACUGCAUCUACUGGAUAUUCCACCAAGAUGGUACCAUCCAGUUGGAUAUCAAGCUUACCGGAAUCCUUAACACAUUUUCCAUCAACCCUGGCGAGGACACCCACGGCUGGGGUACUGAGGUCUACCCUGGAGUCAACGCCCACAACCACCAGCAUCUCUUCUGUCUGCGUGUUGACCCACAGAUCGAUGGCCAGGCCAACACCGUCUUCCAGGUGGACGCCGUCCAGGGUCCAGGAGAAGUCGGCAGUGCUGAGAACAAGUACGGCAAUGCCUUUUACGCGAAGAAGACCAAGUUCACAACCCCGAAAGAGGCAAUGUCGGAUUACAACGGAGCAACCAGCCGAACCUGGGAGAUUGCCAACACCAACAAAUUGAACCCAUACAGCAAGAAGCCAGUCAGUUACAAACUAGUUAGCCGUGAGGUUCCGCCUCUACUCCCCAAGGCUGGUGGAUUGGUAUGGAAGCGUGCUGGUUUUGCCCGCCACGCAGUCCACGUUACAAAGUAUGAGGACGACCAAAUCCACCCCGCCGGCCGCCACGUCCCCCAAACUUCCGGCGAACCCUCCAUGGGGUUGCCCAUGUGGAUCGAACAGGCAGGCGACAACUGCUCCAUCGACAACACCGACGUCGUGCUCUGGCACACAUUCGGUAUCACUCAUUUCCCAUCACCCGAAGAUUUCCCCGUCAUGCCUGCUGAGCCGAUGACUCUGCUCCUGCGACCAAGGAAUUUCUUCGACCGCAAUCCAGUCCUUGAUGUACCGCCUAGCUAUGCUCGUACACCGUCACAGGUUGCAGCUGGUGCGUCGGGAUGUGGUUGUAACUCUAAGCCUAAGGGAGAUGGAAGCAGUGUUUUGGUCUGA